AUGUUGCAUCAACGAUUUUCAAACAUAGAGCAUGCUAUGGCUACACAAGUGGAGUAUUUUGAGGAUGCUUUUCAGAGGCUAAUUGACCACAAUACAAACACAAGAAGUGUUACACUUAGUAGAUCUGUGACAUCAGGAGUUAACACGGCUACAGGAGCAGUGCGUUCAGAGGUGCCACCAGUCAGUAUGGUUAAUAAUUCUUUAUAUCAUGCCAUAUUCCAAACAUCUGCAACAGAUACUCCGUUGCAGAAUCUCAGAGCGAGACCAAUUACCUCCAUUGUCUCCUCAAUAUGGCACACCAGUGAUGAUGCUUGGAACGUCAUGGGGACAACAAUUGCCCAAUCAAAGGUUCCAGGCGCCAUGGCAGGUGACUCCGGGAAUGCAGCAGCGGCAAUCCUAUCACAUCUGAGUGGACCAGAGGGUGCUCCUAGACUAACGUACAUACCACAGGGAACAGAGGAUGUAGAUGUCCAAGAAACUGCGGGUGUAACAGUCAAUCAGGGCCCUGUUGGUACGGGAAACAAUCAAGGUGCUAUUAUUGAAAAUGCAAGGCAGGCUGGUCAACACGUGCAAGCAACCAAUGAUCGCCACUUUAUAUUAUAUCAGAACCGAGUACCAAGAAAUAAUACCGCAGCUACAAAUUUGGAUGAUUCACACAUACCUCAAGGCUCUGGUGCACCGGCAGGCACCUCAGGGCAAGCUGAUGGAGCUAAUAUUGUAUCAGGUCGAAUGGUGAAUGUAGGAUUCGGAAGUCAUUCCUCUUACACAUGUUUGGUCACUGGUUGUGAAGAUUGUGAUAAAGUAUAUAAUAAGGUCAAGCAACAGUUGCAAGAGCUAGGGUCUAAAUUCGGAGGCCAUUCGCAUCGACAGAAUACACGUCCACCUGCAACAGAAGUGAAUAUAGUGAUAAAUGGACAGACACAGACAUGGAAGUUCUUCAGACGCAACAACGAGUGCCCGUCCAUACAAGGCUGGGGAAUACCAUUGUUAACCCUAAGGCUAACUCGCCAUACCAAGUUCAUGAUACAAAACCGUCAGUGUGGCAACGGAUUCAGUGUUCCAACCAAAGGGACAAUACCAAGCCCAGAACCUGCAACUGCAACAACUAUCCUCCCCAAAGCUGUGGCAAACACACUGGUUGUUCCUGAAGCAGUUUCGUUCGUAACAGAACCACAUGACGCUACAGUUGGUGGUAUUCAGCUGCUAUCUCAAGAAGGUAAAGGCUCGGUCAUAAUGCUCUCUCACCCAGCUGAGAGCUCUGGGACUCACAUUUGGCCAUUAUACAUUUGUGCCAUCAUGGAUGGAGUACCAUUGAGACGGGUGUUGGUGGACAACGAUGCAACAAUUAAUAUCUUACCCACAAGAGCUUUACAGAGAUUAGGCAAGCAACUCAAAGAUUUAGUGCCAACUGAAGUUUUAGUUAGCAGAUUUACAGGAGACGUUACAACCGCUAAAGGAAUCCUACCACUGCAAGUGGAGGUAGGAUCACAAGUGGUGGGGUCGGUGUUCUUUGUGGUUGACACUAAAGCGUCUUACAAUGCUCUUGUAGGGCGUGACUGGAUCCAUUCAGCAAGAUGUAUCCCUUCUUCAUUACAUCAAGCGAUUAUUAUAUGGGGAACAGAUGGACCAGAAAUCAUAGCUGCCGAUGCAAGUCCAUUUGCAGCUCAAGCUAAUGCUGUAGAGGCUUAUUAUUACGACAGUGAAGUAGGAAGUGUUUUGGAUACGAUGGAGUUAGAUCAAGAAUUGUUGAAGGCAAAUGAAAAGCAAGCCGCCAUCAAGCGUGUGUUGCAGUAUUUUGAGAAUGAGCAUCAACAUCAAAUUGAAACGCCUGCGGUAUGUUGGGAUGAAGUAAUUUAUGAUGCAGAUCCAGUUUCAGUCAGUGACGUCAUCAAUUUGAGUGAAUUGGCUACUGCAACUCCAAGUUUCAAAGCUACACAUUAUCAAGCUGAAUAUGAAGGAUUAAUUCAUGCACUUGAGACACUUCUAUAUAAUGGUGCAACUCAUGCAAAGGUCAUCGGAGAUUCUGCCUUAGUUGUUGGCCAAAUGAAGAAAUUAAUGGAACGAAGUGAUGAAGUCAUGGCUAAAUAUGCAGCAGUUGGAGAUAUGUUAGAUGCUCGAUUCCAGCAUAUUGAGUUUCAAAACGUUGAAAGAGAAUUCAAUGCAGAAGUAAAUGAUAUGGUGCAAUUAGCAUCCGGGUACCUUAAAACACCAUUGGGACCGGACAUCGCUUAUGACACAAUUGAUUUCGAUACUCCUGCCUAUGUCAGAUAUCCAUUGAAUGCAGAAUGUCCUGUUACAAUAAUUACUACAGCAGAAGAUUGGUGA